UGUUGUGGUGAUAAUUUUUGUCACUUUUUGUUGGUAAUAAUUAUUUUCGGUCGGUGGAAGAGAUUCCUAAUUAUGGGUUAUUAAACACAAAAUAAAAAUAAAUUGAGUGAUUUCAAUCAUAAUUGAACUUUUAGUAAACAUAAAAAGUGUAAAAUAUUAAGCGGCUUAGCACGAAGCUUUAUGAUAUGUUUUGUGAAUGUGUUUUUGGCAUGGCUACGAAGUGAAAUUAAAUUAUAAGGUGUGUUUCAUGUUUCGAAAGGUGUAGACAACCGGUGGUGUUGGUUGAUAAUUUGUUAAGGCCAUGUUUUCAAAAAAAAAGAAGAAGCCGCUAAUAUCUCCGCCGAGUAAUUUUGAACAUAGAGUACACACAGGUUUUGACAAAAGGGAAGGCAAGUUUGUUGGUCUUCCCUUGCAAUGGGCUUCCCUGGUUGGCAAUAACCAGAUAUUAAAAUCCACAAAUAGGCCUUUACCCCUCGUGGAUCCCUCUGAGAUUACUCCCACCGAAAUAUUAGAUUUAAAGACAAUUGUAAGGGGCGAUCACCGAACUACCUCAGUAGCUGCAAUAUCCCGUCCAGUUUCCACAAAUCCGAUUAGUCAGCCACUACAAAAUGGUGUUGUUUUGCCCAAAACAUCUAAUGUUGCAAGAUCAAAUUCAUUAAGGAGCUCAAGUCCACCGAAAAUACGUCGUGAUCUUCGAAAUCAGCCGAACAUCCCUCCGUCGGUACCUGAAGAGUCACCUCCUGUCCCUCCUGCACCUCAACAAUAUCCUAGUUUGAGACGGGAACAGAGUAAUUAUGCUUUAAACAAGCCAAUAUCUAACUCGCCUAUUGAUUGGAGUCAUUCGCAUGAAGCAACAGUAAGGCCAGUAUCAGAAAUAAAUGACAAUCAACAGGCAGCCAUGAUGUACCAAAAUAUACAGAAUGCAAACAUACCGUAUCAGCAUAACCACCCACCUCAGCCCAUGGUUCAAGGACAUGGCAUGAAUGGAAACAAUAAUUUGGGUGAACCAUACCCAGCCACAAUACGCCACGCGCAGCCUGGUCCACCGGGUGCUCCCCACCUACCUAUAACUGAGAACAAGCAUGAGUUGCGUCUUACUCAUGAACAGUUCCGAGCGGCGCUCCGCCUGGUGGUGAGCGAAGGCGACCCUCGCGAAACCCUGAGCGGGUUCAGCAAGAUCGGCGAGGGCAGCACGGGCGUGGUGUGCGCCGCCACGGACACGCGCACGCGGCGCCGCGUGGCCGUCAAGAUGAUGAACCUGCGCAAGCAGCACCGGCGCGAGCUGCUGUUCAACGAAGUGGUGAUAAUGCGCGACUACCCGCAUCCGAACAUAGUGGAGAUGCACGCGUCGUACCUGGUGGGCGACGAGCUGUGGGUGGUGAUGGAGUACAUGGCGGGCGCGUCGCUCACGCAGAUCGUGACGCGCGCCAGGAUGGACCCCGAGCAGAUCGCCACCGUCUGCAAACAGUGCUUGAAGGCAUUGGCAUUCCUGCACGGCCAAGGUGUCAUCCAUCGGGACAUCAAAUCAGACUCCAUACUGAUGACGGCAGACGGCAGAGUCAAACUGUCCGACUUUGGUUUUUGCGCUCAAGUAUCACAGGAACUACCCAAACGUAAAUCAUUAGUUGGGACCCCAUAUUGGAUGUCACCUGAGGUUAUAUCCAGACUGCCAUAUGGUCCCGAAGUGGACAUUUGGUCUUUGGGCAUUAUGUUGAUUGAGAUGGUUGAUGGUGAACCACCAUUCUUCAAUGAACCACCAUUGCAGGCAAUGCGGCGUAUCCGCGACAUGCCGCCGCCGCGGCCGCGCGGCGCGGGCCGGUGUCCCGCCGACUUGCUGUCAUUCCUGGAGUGCGCGCUGGUGCGGGACCCGGCACAGAGGCACUCGGCCGCGCGGCUGCUGCACCACCCCUUCCUGCGCAGAGCCGGCCCGCCCGCGCUGCUCGUGCCGCUGAUGCCGCAUCCGCAGUGACGUCACUAGGUACUUUCUUCCAAAGCCAACCAGACUUGAAUUAAAACUCUUCACGAUACUGCAGCCGUUAAAUAAAUAGUAUUAAUUUGAGUCCAUACCAAUAGAAAUUUGCGUCGUUGAAUGAAUUCGACCCUUUUUCCACGUAAUAACGAUAUCCCCAUUGACAAGUGUUUGCGCUUCGAUGCAAUAAGUUAUGCUGGACAUCGCAUUUUUUAUUGGAAUGGACGCUGCUAAAACGCUAAAGGUGGAUCCAAACUUGCGCACGCGCACGAACCGUGCACACGACGCGUCUCGGACACCUAUGAACACGUUAACGUCUCUGCGCACAUGCAUGUCGCGGACGCGUAUAUUAUAUUUGAAUCUAAUUUGGAAUAAACGAACUAAAUUGAAAAAUCCCGAAAAUUCACGAACAUACAUAACUUGUACAACAUGUACGCGAACCGUUCACAAACCACUCGGCCACAUUAUGUUCUUAUGAUGCGCGUUGUGUGCACGGUUCUUACGCGUGCGCAAGUGUGGAUCUGCCUUAAAACAAUUAUAUU